AUGACUCAAGCAGCAGUAAUUCCUAAAUCUGUUCCCUCAGGGAAAUUCCUGAAAGGGAAGUCUGCUUCUCAGAAGCCUGAGCAGCCUAAGCUAUCACUUACACUAUCGCCAUCCGAGGCAGAGAUUGUAAAGCACAAGACGAAGACGCACGAACAGCCACAACAGAAGCAGGCAGAGAAAAUGGCUUCGUCUCAGACUUAUCUGGAUUCUGUCUCUAUCACCGCUCCGACAUUUCCUCGUCCGAAGCGAAUGUGCGACUCGUGCGUAACCGAGCCUGCGACGCUCUACUGCGCAGCUGAUGACGCGUACAUCUGCGACGUGUGCGACGGUUUCGUCCAUGGAGCCAAUCCUCUUUCUCAGCGGCACGAGCGUGUCAGAUUGGGCCCUAACGGAGCUCCAGUGAAAAUUUUCCGUCGCGCCGGUGGUAAUGGUAACGGUAACGGAAACUCCGAGUUGCCUGCGAUGGUUCGGGGAUCAGGCAUCGUUGCGACGAUGCGAAACUCCCCAACAACCGACGCAACAGCUUCUUCUACUGUGACCAACGUUGCGGGUCUGAAAUCCUCCAGGCCCCGAUUACCUAUCAAGGAGGAAAUGAUUGUGCAAGGAGCAUCAGUAGCACCGGGAGAAGGGAGAAAGCGACAACAGCAAGGUACCGGGACAGCCAAAGCGAAAAUUGGUGCUAUCGCAAAGCCGGAGCCUCAAGUUCACACUUGGGAGCCAGCAUUCUCUCCGCACUGCGCGCCGAUCGUCCCGCCGACACAAGGAGGACGAACCUGCAACGGUCAGCGUAACGGCCCCGCGUCUAACGCAGCUCCAAGAGGAACCUCCGCUUCUGCUACGCCUUGCGGAGCUUCGGAUGCUUCUCGAGCUUCUCCGCGGGGUGUUUCCGCUGUUCCCCCUCCCCCGCACUGCUACUGGCGCCCGGACGAUUGUUCCGCGCAAGGGGUACGGCCUAUGCCUCCUUAUGGCCCCGGUAUGAUCCCUCCCUACAUUCCUCCGCCGCACAUGGCCCCUUACGCCCACCCCUGGGUUGCGCCGCCUCCGCUCCCCGGCGUUGUUUACCCUCCUGGGCCCUGGGGUCCCAUGUACGGACCGCAUAUGGGAAUGCCUUAUAUGGGAGCUGCUCCUAGCGAGUAUAUGGGGCAUCCUGGGGACUACGCAGCCGUUCCGCACCACCCACAUUUGGGGGAAAGCAUGCGGGGCCCGCGCCCUUCAAAGAAGCAAAAGCGGAGCGGCGUACAGUUUCCGCCGAUAGGGGCAACGGCUGUCGCUGGGAGCGCGGAGCGCAAAGUGAAGCAGGAAGCGGAGGGGGGAGUCGGCGGAAGGCCGGCGGAAGGGACGGCGGACGAUGCUUUCUUGGAUAUCCUGUCAUUUGAUGACGUGGACCGGUUCUUCGUGGAUGAAGCGGAUGAAUGCACGCCAGUAGUGGACGGGCGCACCGGACGAGAAGUCCCCGACGCUCCUCAGAUUCCCCACCACCAUUGUGCGGAACAGACGCAGCUGCCUGCCAGACUUGGCGCGAGUGAGCCGAAGACCAGCGGCGAUGCGACGGUUACGCCGUCGUUCAGCCGCGCAAGCUCCAGCAGCGGCUGCGGCGGAGGGGCGUUGCGCGCGAGCGGCGCGGGAGAGAGUGCGAGCGGAAGAGAAGCCGAGAGGGAAGGGGAGGGGGAGGUGAAGCUGGAGACGCAGGGUUUUGAGGAGUUUAUUAUCAGUCAUGGGGAGGAGGAGGGCGAGACGGAGGGGUGGUUCGUGGGAGGGUGGGCCUUGGACGAGUCUGCUGAAGCGGAGAGCGAGGUCGACGUGGAACCGCUUGAAGGCUCCCCCACCACAUGGGAUGCCAGUGGUGCAACCAGCGAGAGCGCGGCCGCGCUAAUCCCCCCUCAGACGCAUCUCGGGAAGCGGCCCCGCGCGGACGACGUGUUCGGAAGCAGCAGCGGCGGCCCUUCAGCGGAAGGCGCGGACGGGGGGAGAGCUGGCGCGGAGGGAGGGAUGGCGGUGAAGCUGGGCAGCCGGAAGGAGCUGCAGCAGCAGUCGCCGAGCCUGCGUCUGAACUACGAGGACGUGAUUAGCGCGUGGUCGGACCAGGCACCCGAAGGCCAGUCGCCGUGGAUUGAGCAGGAAGAGGAGGAGGGCGCCAGUGCAGAGAAGCGCGACAGCCUUAAUCGCCCACUGCCUGCCCACCUCCCUGGCCUCGCCACAGCCUCUCCUUCAUUGCAUGGGUCUGCUGAAGACAUUCUCAUGCAGCAGCCUGCGAUGGACAGUGACACAUUUGAGCCAUUCUCCAGCGAGGGCAGGGAGGCCCGUGUGCUGCGCUACCGGGAGAAGCGCAGGAACCGCCUCUUCUCCAAGAAGAUCCGAUAUGAAGUGCGCAAGGUCAACGCCGACCAGCGGCCCCGUGUGAAGGGGCGCUUUGUGAAACGAACCGAGGUGGUUUCCCAAGAAGUGUUUGAGCUGAUGCGCAUGGGGGAAGGCGGAGGGAUGGAUGAUGUGUGGACGGAUGAUGAGGCUCGGACGUGGCCCGAUGCAGGACGAGAUGACUGGAGCGAUGCGGAGGACUGGGGCGCUGCAGAAGAGUGGAGGGACAAGUGGGGAGAGGAAGAGAAGUGGGGAGGCGACGGCAAGUGGGGAGACGAAGAGGAGUUUAACGGCAAAGUGGAAUGGGAUGACACGGACAAGUGGAGGGCAGGGGCGGGUCAUGAUCGUGAGCGUGAGCUUGAGAGGGAAACUGAAGCAAAAGUGCAGGGCCGCGAGCCAGACCUGUCAGGGCUUGCAUUCGCGGAGCAGCAGCAGGCGGGGCUGCCGUAUGCUGUGGGUCUGGCGUCCGUUCAGCAACCACUGGAUCUUCUGUGGACGGACGAGCUUAGUGGGGGACAGUGGAACGGUGGCGGGGAGAUAAUGGGGGAGAGCAUGGGUUUGACGGGCCUGGAGAGUGUGGAGAAGCUGGAAGGGUUCUGUGAGGAGCAGGGGCUGGAGCCGGGCACAAUGCCGACACGGGGAAUUUUGCGGGCAGCCCGGAGAUCGGAUAUAGAGAAAGAGAUUCAAUUUGCAGGGGGCGUGCAUGCAGUAGCCCAAAAACUCAACAUGCAAGUGGCACGGAAGCCAAGAGGGUACUGGGAUGACCUCGCGAAUCUGAAACAGGAGGUCCUUCAGUUUCAGAUGGAUCAUAACCUUCCGCACAACAAGAUGCCGUCACGCAUGCUGCUACAGAAGCACGGGAGGGGAGACUUGGCGAGGACUUUUGAGAAGUGGGGAGGAUUACACGAGGUGGCGCGGAUGCUAGGAAGGCCCAUGGCUGUCGUCGGGGGAAGAGGAACCCCGCCAGCCCCGCAGCCGCAUCUCAUCCGCCCGCCACUCCCCCCUGGGCCUGCGCUUAUCCCCGGGGGGCCUCCGGGGCAGGUGAUUAUCCGCCACCCCGCUCCGCCUCCCCCGACGAUGCUUCUCCCCGUGGGCGCGGGUAGCUUAGAGGCGAAAUUAGCGGCGCAACACGGGGAGAUUCAGCAGCUGCUGACGGAGAAUCAACGGCUGGCGGCGACGCACGUGGCGCUUCGGCAAGAGCUGGCGGCGGCGCAGGGCGAGAUCCAACGGACGAAAGCGACGCUGGCGGCGGUGCAGAUGGAGAAGGAUCAGGCAGUGCGGGGAAUCAUGGAGCAUAAGGCAAAACUCGAGGCAGACUUAAGAGCCGUCGAGCCUCUGCGCGGGGAGCUGCAUCGUGCGCGCAUGGAGCUGCAGGCGCUGCAGGCGCGCGGGGGGGAGGCGGAGGCGGGGCGCGCGGAGAUGCAGCGGCAGAUGAGCGCGAUGGGCGGCGACAUGCAGCGCAUGCGGAGCGACCUGGAGGGCAUGCGGCAGGAGCUGAUGCAGGCCAGGGAUGCAGUGGAGCGGGAGAGGCGGGCGGGCAUGGAGGCAGCAGAGCAGCGCGACAAGGCGGAGAGGGCCCUUGAAGCCUCCGCUCGGGAGGUGGACAGGCUGAGGGGCAUUGUGGGGCAGCAGCAGCACCACCACCAGCAGCAGCAGCAGCAGCAGUGGUGA